UCUCCUCCUCCUCCUCCUCAUCCUCCUCCUCCUCCUAGGCGUCUCGGCAGCGCGGCAGCCAUCUGCCCGCCGACCCGAGCCCCCAACGGGCCAUGAUGCUGUACGCUGCGCCGCCAUGGAGUGGGCCCCUCGACGGGGCGAGGCCCCUCGCGGCCGCGAGCCGCAGCCGGCGCCGCGCGGACCGGAGACUCCGCCUGGCUGGCCACCCGCCGCCAGGCCGAGAAGGACGCCUGCUGGGGCUGGUGGGGCAUCCCGUGGGCAGGGGCCUACGAGGAGAACCCGUGGAAGCCCCAAGUAGACAAGCAGCGGAGGGAGUGCGAAACGUGGGUGGCACUGGGGGAGCCCAACACGAUCAGCUACAGCUACAGCGAAACGAUCAGGGCGAGCGAGGAGGGAACGGCGAAGUUGGAGCCAGACAUGCUAAGCUACGGAUCUGUGAACAGUGAACGCGAGAAGUCUGAAGCGAAGUUGGAGCCCGACGUGGUCUGCUACAACAAUGUGAUCAGGGCAACAGUGGCGGAGGCUAAGCUAGAGCCCAAUUUCACUAGCGUUCUCCCCCCUCGCCCCUCGUCGCCACGGCUGGACCAGAGCAAUCGGAAUGUAGCUCGGUUGCGGAGGCGAAUGCGAAGUCAAACGUGAUCAGCUACAGCGCCGAGGUCGGCCCCGCGAUCUGUGAGAAGCUGGAGGCGAAGGCGUAGCCAGAGCCCAACGUGACCAGCUACGGUGCAGAGUGCCCGCGUGAGAAGCGGGAGGCGAAGAUAGAGCCCAACGUCACCAGCUACAGCGAAGCGAUCGCGUGCGAGGAGGGAACGGUGAAGUUGGAUCCCGACAUGCCCAGCCCUAGCCCUGUGAACGGUGAGCGCGAGAAGUCAGAGGCGAAGAUGGAGCCCGACACGAUCAGCUACAACGCCGCGAUCAGGGCAACACUGGCGGAUGCAAAGCUGGAGCCCAAUAUCACUGACGUUUCCCCCUCGACCCCCCUCGUCGCCACGGCUGGACCCGAGAAAACGGAACGCGGCUCGGUUGCGGAGGCGAAGAAUGAGCCAAACGUGACCAGGUACAGCGCAGUAAGUGAGAUACGCGAGAAGCCCGCGUGUGAGAAGCUGUAGGCGAAGUUGGAGCCCGACAUCGUCAGCUCCAGCGCGGAGACCAGCGCGUGCGAGAAGGGGAAGGCGAAGCUGGUUCCUGACACCCUGACCCGCAGCUCUGAGAAUAGCGAGUGCGCGAAGACGGAAGCGAAGGUGGAACCCGACGCAAUCUGUUACAGCGCCGCAGUCAGGGCGUGCGAGAAGGGGAAGGCGAAGCUCGAGACGGAAGAGCCAAGCUGCACAAGCAUGGCGAUGUGGCGGGCGCGAGCCGAGAUCCCCCGCAAGUGGCUAGGCCCGAGCAGGUGGCAGCGCGAGCAGGAGAAUGAGGCGAAGCCAAAACCCGACGCCGACAGCUACAACGAGGAAGGAGCAGUUGUCGCCCUUCGCGAGGCUCUUCGGGGAAGAGAUCUCACAGGAGAUCGGACACCCAGCAAGAAGUGCGAGAAGUGGGAGGCGAAGGCCCUGCCCCACGCCACCGACUACAGUGUUGGGAUCAGAGCGUGUCAGAGCGUGGGAGAAAGAUGCGAGAAUCCAAGAAUGGCCCCUGAUAACUACUGCUUCGCCAUGCGCAACACGCGGAGGGAGCAUAAUAUCAAAGAGAAGUUCGAGGACGGCGUAAAAGGAGAAAGUUGAGAAGGCAGCCCAGGAUAACCUUUGCUGGCUCGACAAGACCCAACUCGCCGAGCAGGACGAGUUCGAGAGCAACCGGACGGAACUGGAGGGCAUUGCCAACCCCCUCAUGCGGCACCCGCUGUCGAGAGAAGUGUGAGAAGCGAAUAUCGAGCCUGACGCGAGCAGCUACAGCGCUGCGAUCGCGCGGGUAAGGGAGAAGAGCAGGCGCUGAGACGAGACCGCGGAGCACCCGCCCAGCGCCGCACACCCUGGGGAGCCCGCUGAGAAAGCGGGCGCGCCCAGGGGAACGGACAGGGAGCGGGCCCGCGGCCUGUGGAGAGCGCCGCCGAGCUGCGCGCGCGAGGCACGCGCGCCGUUCGAUUGCCACAAAGCUGGUCGCCCGAAAGGGUCGG